CACCAACCCAAUCUUGUAAAGUCUAGAGAGAGAAAGAGAGGGCCGGCCAUAAGAAAACCAAAAAAUUGUAUGAUAUGAUUAAUCAUUCAAAAAGCAUGAUUGAUCAAAUCAUACAUGGUAUAUGUCACAGCCUCCAAACUCCCACUCUCUCCUCAAAACUCUAGAGAGAGAAAAUCCUAAAGAGAGAAGGAAAGGGCGGCGGCGCUGAGGUUGAGGAAUGGAUGUGAGGAAAAUCGUAGUGGUAGUAGAAGACGUAGAAGCGGCGAGAACAGCACUCCAAUGGGCACUCCACAACCUCAUUCGCCAUGACGAUGUAAUCACUCUCCUCCAUGUAUUCCCUACAACGAGAUCUCGAAACAGGAACAAGCUCAGACUCCAUAGAUUGAAAGGCUUUCAAUUAGCUCUCUCUUUCAAAGACAUUUGCAACAAUUUCCCCAACGCGAAGAUCGAGAUUGUAGUGAGAGAAGGUGAUUUGGAAGGAGGGACGAUUGCGACGGUGGUGAGAGAAAUUGGAGCUUCCACGCUUGUUGUUGGGCUUCACGAUCAGAGCUUUCUUUACAAGUUGGCCAUGGCCCACAACAAUAUUGCUAGCAAAUUUAAUUGCAAAGUUCUUGCCAUCAAGCAUCCAACAACACCAUUGACAACAAGGGAUGCUAAUAUUAGAGUACCAGAAGACAGUUCAACCAACAUGGACUUCUCUCAGGUUGAAAUUGCUGCUGAGUUAAGCAUCCCGGAUGUACCACCACAGAAAAUCCCAUACCAAAUAUGUCCAAACCCUUCUGCAAUUAUAUGGAGAUCAAGGAAGACUAGAAGAAAGAGGAAUCAUUGAAAGCAGACUAUAGUUUUCAUCUUCGAAUGAGCAAAAUUCAGGUUACACUAGAUCUUUGUAGCCUAGGGCUUGGAUGUUUGAGCUGGGCAUUAGUUUUUAGUUUUUCUCACACGACAUGCACACGAAAAAAGUGCCAUUGACACAAUAUAGAGCUGUUCAUAAUCACAAGUUUCUGGUUUGGUUUGUAAAGAUAGAUGCAGUGAUCAUAUAUCAUUGUAUUUGUUCACAAAGAGCAAGGGGUAUAUAUGUCAGGCACAUGUAUACCCUUGGAACAUUCAUUCUUUGAAAAAAAAAAGAAAAAAAAUGGUUGAGGAAAAAAAGUACUACUAAAAAACAGCCAUUCAUUAAUUCGCAAAUGAUAGAACUGAACCUCUCCCACAAUGCCAAUUGAUGGAUUGAAAUAUUUGACUGGCAUUUUAUGCUGUUUUAGUAGGCUGUGGCAAAUUUA